AUGUUCCUCGUUUUUGUCUCUCUCAUGGCACUACAAACAAGCACUCAUGGACUAUCGGACCCCGACAGGAAUACACUGCAUCCCAGAGACUCCCAGAUUGAUAUAGAAGAAGUCAGUGAAUCAAGAUCAGUAUCUACUUCAAUGUUCAGAUGUGAAAGAGGAGAGCCGAUCUUCAGCAUUCCCCAAACUCUAGCUACAGUGAUCCCGCCUCCCUUUCCAACGACAUCUUCAGAGACGACUUCUACUUCGAGGGAGACUACAUCAUGGUAUACCACCACUUUCUUCACGACAUUCCCAACUGGUACUGCUACACAGUCUGAUAGUACUAUUAUCUCUUCGAAUUCUACAGCUACUACAUCUUCUACCACUCCAACAGAAACCCAGGCCCACGGCACGAAAAAGGGCAAAGCCCCUACGGUUAUCAUAGCCGUUAUUGCUGUACUGGUUGUUAUUCUCUGUUGUUUACUGUUUGCCAUUUGGUACUUUAGGAAGAAGCGGAAGCGCUUCUACAGCGAACGCGGAAAGGAACGUCUACCCGAUAUCAAUAGACCACAGACUCGCAGUGCAGGUGGUCUUGGUCUUCGCGUUCCUAUGGGAGAUUUACGAAGCUCAGGUGGAAAUGGUUCUCCAACCUCGCUGGUGAAGAGGAUUCUACCGCAUUCGAUGUUUUCCAGAAAUAGAGACUUGGGUUGUCCCUGUCCACAACCGCCUGAUGAUAAUGCAAAAUAUGGUCCGAAUUCAAGUCCUUUGAACGAACAGUUUCCAUUGAAGGAGACACAUGGUCCUGCUACUCCUUCUAAACAUCACCGUGUGGCUCCGUUGAAGUUGCAUGAUGAGACGGGUGAUGCAGGAGACUUUGGUCAAGCUGGGCAUCACCAGUCUGGGAAUGGGGCCAAUGAUGAAAUCGAAUCUAUAAUCGAUCGUUAUGCUGAAGUUCCUGAUCAUGAAGGCUUUGAAUAUGCGAGUCCUACUGGUCAGGGGAUUGAGCGUUGGUCACAGGGAUAUGUCAGUCCUGAAUCAAGCACACCAAGAAUGGAGAUGGUUGAACGACCUAGAAGCGAACCGCUGUUCUUCAAGCUUCACAAUUCCGGAAGUCCAGGAUGGAAAAGACCGAGUCCUGUAACGCCACUCACGCCUAGUACUGGUCUUCGCACUGAGGAUUGUGACACACCUUUGUUUCCUCGGAUGGCGUCGUUACGAGCAGACAAUGGCCAGCAGCAACAGCAUAGUACGAGAAACGACCAGGGAGAAUGGAGCAAGGAUAGCCCUCGCUAUUAUUCCGAUCAAAAUACAGAUCCUGAAUAUGAAUCGAGAAAGCGGGACCUUCAGAGAAGGUUCGGGUUUGGAGAACAAGUCUUCCCUCUGCGAUCGAGAAACAGGGCUUCUCCGUCAUAUACCGGUCAUUCGAGAGAUGUAUCCACCAUGCAUGGAUGGGGUACAUUCGCGAACAAUGACCCUCGCUGGGAAGAGCGUACUGAGCAAGCUAGCUCUGGGCUCAAUAGCGGUAACAGAUUAGGCAGUCAAGACACGCCACAUAGUGAGGACUACGACCCUAAUAAUGUCAUUGAGAGACAAGAAUCGCGAUCCCAUUCCAUCACUAGUCUUCAUCCGAGACCGUUGGUUAUACGCAAGGUCAAUUCUCUACCUUUGCUGGAAAGCAUAUUAUCAGAACUCGGAUCUUCUUCCGAGGCAGCCUGGUCUGAUAGUAGAGCUUCACGACUCCCCGACGAACCACUGGAAUACCUCCCAGCUACUCGUUACGAUCCAGAAGACAGAGCUCUCUAUGAUGUUAGAGGAAGCUACGGUUCAGAAGACACUAUUCGUGAGAUACAUAGCACUAUUGAAGGGUUUAACAAUAUGGAAGGCAUUUCACAGGAUGAUAUAGAAGAGACGAGAAGUCAUUACGAAUAUGAAAACUUCGAGUCUCAUGGUGAGGGUUCACCGAAACACCUCACGCCGUACGGACAUAUUAACCCCAGCGAACACUCGACGAGAACCGACCCAUCGCCCAACUCGAGCAGACUAAGUCAAGUGGAUCUUGGAAGCGUGUCUGGUUCACUGCGUAUGUCGGGUAGGAGGAGUAGUAUAAAAACCCAUCUUCCGCGCCAGCGUUCCGAAGAGACCUUUAUAAGCGAUGACCUCUUUGGGCCGAAAGUUCGUGCCAUGAGAGCCGGCCGUGAGUAUGUUCUCGCUGCUAGUGGUCGUCUUAAACCUUCUGCAGGAGGUCCGGAUCAAUAUGGGGACUCACGAGAUAGUGUACGAAAUCUUCGCCGAGAUAUGAAAGGGAAAAUGCCUGAAAGAGAGCAAUAUAACUCAUGAUCCGUGCGACUUAUGAACCGUGGCUGGGGUUGAUGUCAGAAUACUGACUUACUGAUCACCAAG